UCACAUUCGGGUCGUGUUUCUGUUCCGUGCGCGUCCGUCCAGGUCGGACUUUUCGGUGGUGUGUUUGGCUUUUCGAGUCCUUUGGUUAACUCCUCCGUAAUUCUGUUCCGUGUUCCGUGAUAAUCGUUGCCUAGCGAGUAGCGUCGUUGAAUGUCCUACCGGACGACGGGACGGGAUCAGCAGUCGAACAGCGUGAGUGCGUUGAGCUUUCGCAGGUGGCUCGGUGAGCUGUGCGGCCGGUGCUGCUGUGUGCGUCCUGCUGUAAACCACCGUCGGAAUUGAUCUUCGUCGCUAGCCGCCACCGCCGCCGCCGCCGUCAUGAGCAGCAAGUUCGAGAUUUCCGACGACGCGGACGAACUGAACCAGGAGAUUGACGAUACGAACUUCCCGACCCGCUCGAACUCGAUCAGCUUCGGGGCCGCCAAUGGGAACGGGUCGACCGGAAGUCUCAACAACGGCUACGGACCGUUCGCGAACCGUCGCCGCUCGAGCAGCAUCCGCCAGUGCGAACCGCCGGCGGAAGCAGCGGUUGGCACUCCGGAAAAUCACGCCGAGCCCGAGGAGUCGGAAUCGGCGAACAACAAUAACGGGGCGGCCAAUGGCAAUGGGGAAAACGGAGCCCCGCCGCACGGUGAGCGCAGCAUGAGCGUCAGCAGCAACAGUGCGGGCAAUGCCAUUGCGAUCGGCGGCCUGAACCGGGCCCGUCCGACACCGAUCCGUACGACCAGUUUGUCAGGUGAGACAAACGCCAACACCAGCACUAACACACCGCGCGCAACCAUGACUCCAGGGCACGAGAAAUGUACCUUCCAUCACGACCUGGAGCUGGACCACAAGCCGUCAACACGGGAGGACCUGCUGCCGCUGAUGUCAAAGUCCUACCGGAUGCUACUGUCCAGCCUCGGUGAAGAUCCGGAGCGUCAGGGGCUGCUCAAGACUCCGGAGCGUGCGGCCAAAGCGAUGCUCUUCUUCACCAAGGGCUACGAUCAGAGCUUGGAAGAGGCUCUGAACGGUGCCGUAUUCGACGAGGACCACGACGAGAUGGUCGUGGUGAAGGACAUCGAAAUGUUCUCCAUGUGCGAACAUCAUCUGGUGCCGUUCUACGGUAAGGUGUCGAUUGGGUACUUGCCCUGCAAGAAAAUCCUCGGGUUGAGCAAACUGGCCAGGAUUGUCGAGAUUUUCUCACGUCGGCUGCAGGUUCAGGAACGAUUGACCAAGCAGAUUGCCGUGGCCGUUACUCAGGCCGUCCAGCCGGCUGGCGUUGCGGUCAUCAUCGAAGGAGUGCACAUGUGCAUGGUGAUGCGCGGCGUGCAGAAGAUCAACAGCAAAACGGUCACCUCGACCAUGCUGGGCGUCUUCCGGGAUGAUCCGAAGACGCGCGAAGAGUUCCUGACGCUGUGUAACAACAAGUGAGCCCGAUGCGUCCACCAUCGUUCUCGCACAUCGACAGCGGCAGCGUCAGGUCGAUCGUCACCGAUCGUGCACGAACAUCAAACGGUGGAGAACGAUGUUCCACAUUAGGAAGGAGUAUUACAGUGCAUUCGAAACGAUAAGAAACGAAAGCGCGCACAAGCGGUGGGUCGAAUGAAGCACAGCUUCCAGGCGACCCACCCUUCGUGCGAAACCUAAUUUAGGGAACUUGUUUAGGGAAACGGCUCACGGGCCAACACCGUACCGAACGUACUUUACAAACGGAUAUACUCGAGUUUAGCUGCCAAGUAAAAUUUUUAGAAUAUUUUUUCAACCGAGUGAGAGUUUUUCGGAAGCGUUGGCUCGCCCGUUGAUUCGUGGUGUUCCCCGAUUCGGGCGACUAGUUUUAUUCUUUAACUCUCGAUCCGUUAAUCAUCGAACAGGAUCGGCCCAAUCGGGCUGCCUGUGGUGCGAACCAAUACAAUAAUCUACACUAUGAAUGUUUACAAAUCACGUACUGCACUUGUUACAAAGUCUGCGUCUAACGAUAAGCAAAUGAGUGUCUAUUUGAAAACGUGUUAUAUUGUUUGGAAGUGAGGUAUUUGCCACGCGAAAGGGUCCAAAAGCAACGCAUUGUUGAGCCAUUUACAGAUGCACGAGCAUAGUUUUAACUCCGCCGGGCGAUGAACUAUAUAUUCUUAACGUGAGAAAACUCUAUACUGUUGUUUGUUAAUGAUGUGGAACCACGCAAAUGCGACACGACGGUAACAAUAAAUUUAUAUUAUCAAUAGGA